AUGUACUCUAUUGAUCCCACACUGGGGAAAGUCACUUGUUACAACACCACAAGGACUGUCCUCCUGUUACCUGCUGCUGUUAGUGACCUGGUUGGAAACCAGGACAAGCAGCUAAUCUAUGUUGCAUGCAGGAGUGGAGUUUACUGUGUAAACUUACAGUUUCUACUACACAGGGAUCAAAGCUCUCAAGCUGAUGCAUCCUCCAGUCCAGCUGAGCUGAAAAUCUCCCAAGAGUGUCUCGUUGUUGGAGCAGAUGAAGUGUCAUCUCUGCUCCUCGUUGGCUCUGUGCUCCUGACCCUUUGCCAGAGAGAUGCCUCCUGGCUGCUGACUUUGUACAAAACGCCAAAGCAAACGGCGUCUACUAGCCACGAGGAGUUUGGCUCGUUCCAUCUGCCGGUGGUCUCAGCUGUGGAAUGUGGCGCUGCUGAGUCAAAUAGAGGACCAAGAAAGGGCUCUGUGCUAAUUUGCAUCCAUUCGGGUGAUGUAGAGGUAUCAUCUCCCUCCAAUGCUUCUGCAGAGUCAACUGUAGCUCAAGACCACUUCCACCUGGAGCCUCUCCUCUUCAAACUGUUAUUUGGAGUUGAAGCCGCCCUUGCCAAAUCUCCAGUCAUCCUUUGCGGCCUGCCAGACGGGCGCCUGUGUUUCCUUCCUCUGCGUCUCCUGGGAUCGCGCCUUCGAGUCCUGCACAGCCUGGAGCAGCCGGUCUGUUUUGUCGGUGCAUCUGUUGUCACAGAAACGGGUCACGCACAGUGCUUGGUGGCGGCGGGCGAACAAGGCAGAGUGGUACUGAUCAAGACUGACAAGGCAGGCUCAGAGGGGGGAAAUGCUGUGGCUGCUUUUACUGAGCGGUGUGUACCAGGGCCUGUGUGGUGCGGCUGCAUGGAUAAAAGCUGUUUUUACUACAGCACUGGUGCAGAUCUGCUCCGACUGGAUCUGUCGGAGGGAUCGUCUGCGAGAGAAAGCAAAGAAAGAGGGGAAGAGACAUCUGGCACGACAGCAGCUCCCCUCCAGAGCCCCAGCAGUUUAAAUGUGUGCAGAGUCAUCGCCCUGGCUGAGCCUGCAUGCAGCACUGCGGGUGAUGUACAGCUGCUUGGAAUGUCUGCCAGAGGGCAGCUCCGGAGGAUCUGCUUACCUGCGGGGAGGGUGGAUGAAGGAUUGUGUAAGCUUCCUUCCACACAGGUGGGCCGCAGUGUCAGGGACCUCCUGUCUGCCAUCGGGGAUGUUUGUGAGAGAGCAUCAAUGCUGAAAACAGUCAUCAAAUCCAAAAACCAGUUACUGAGGCUUCUGAAUCACGCCGUCAGCAUCAGUUUCCUGCUGAUGGCAGAUGCAACUACUGAUCUUCCAAUUAAGGAGAAACCAAUCAGAUGUCAUGUCGAGACUAGCUGGAGCAGACUGCUUCAGAAAGACUCCUUGAGCCUCGUGUGUUUCCUGCAUAAUUCAAGUCCAUUUGUCCUGGAACGAUGCUGGACGCUGAGCAUUACGGUGUCCCCUCUGUCUUGUUCUUCCUCCCCAGCAGGAGAAAGCUCCUCCACUAAUUUUUCAUUCCCGUUCCGCGACCUCUGUCCGGGGGAAACAUUCGAAGCAUCUCUGCCUAUCGCAUCUGCAGGUGAUGCAUCUUUCCCCAUGACUGUGAGCUGCUCGCUCAUCUUCUCGCUCUCGAGUCUUCUGGGAGAGGAGGAGGUGGCGGCGAGCUUUGCGGGCUUGCAGAGCAGCUGUAUCAGUUUGCCCCUGUCCACACUGACAGUGGACUGGCUGCAUGCUCUGCAGCUAAACAGUCCCACAGCUACUCAUAAGAUGGCCACAGUUCAGCCAAGCAGUGCCGCAGCAGAUAGUAUCCAGAACUUUUUAAGCUCGCGCCAGCUCAGGUGCAGUGGUAGAACGAACAGAGGAGGAGAAAGUGCUGCAAAGCCUGAGCCUGAGAAGUAUUCAGCAAGCGUACGGGUGUCAUCAGAGUUAGCGAGGGAUACGCUGCAGCCAAAAAAGAGUUCAAAUUUGGAUACCAAAGAGUCGAUACGAGACCCCGAAGAUCUCUGCCUGUCUUUGCUUGAGCGACUGUUGUCUGAAGAUACUGAAGGAGUGAAGAUGGGUUGCCAAGGAGACAAGAUUGCUUUGAGCACCUCAGUGGUCCACGCUCGUGGUCCAAACGGAGCGGCAAUGAAACUGACAGUGAAAGAGAUAAAUGUGGGGGAGGAGGAGAGCACAGACAAGGAGGCUACAAUCGAGGUUCAGAUCGAGAGCUCAUCUUUAGCAGCGGUGUGUGGCCUGCACCAUGCUGUGCUGCGCCGGAUCCAGACUCUGCUGCAGAGCGCCACAGAGAAAGCCGCCUCUACAAAGAAUGUCCAGAUUUUAGGAUUAAGACGGGCGCUGCAGCGGGCCGAGAUCCAGCAAAGUCAGAUCUCGGGAGCCUUUGGUGAGGUCGUGUCCACAGUGCAGAGAGAUCGACUGCUUCUCAGUGUUUACCAAGAACUCAGACAAAAUCCUCUGCUCAUAGUGUAACACCUACACAGCUGCCCUCACUUGUUUGGUGUUGUUGCGUAAUCUGACUUUGCUGCCAGCCCUUUCACAGUGCAAAGCACAUGUAAUACUUGAGGCUGUAAGAUGGUUUCUAUAUGACAUUUUACAGUAUAUUUUGAUUUUGAAGAGGUUAUAAUUUGGUGAUGUCUAAUAAUAAAGUUUCUCUUGUUUUUU